GGGUAUGAUGGUAUGAUGUGACUUGUGAUUUGUGGGAUUGCGGAAGGACGUCCGGUUUCCUGUCGAGGGGAAGCAGAAGCGAGCCCCCCCCACAACACGCUUCUUCAUUGCUCGAUCGGCUUCAAAGCUUUGGAGCAUCGGUCGACCUGUUCGAAGCUGGUGUAAGUUGAUUGCGCAGCGGACAUCAAGGUGGAAUUCAGGAAGGAGAGGGUGAUCAAGGGGGGUUAUUUGUGGUCGCUUGUUCCAGAUUUCCCCCCCUCUUCUUAAGCGGUCACAAUAUGUCUUCAAUGUGGGAGUGCCGAGCACACAGUUCUUCAGCGGGUGGUCAUCAGUGGGCCGUACUCCUGGUUGCUAUGUUAGUGUUGAUUGGAACAUGCUCUGCACAUAAACUACAUGUGGAUUUGGAGCUUUCCAAAGAGCCACUCACAGCACUGACCAGAUUUGGCUUCCACAAGAAUGGUUGGGUUGAGGUUAACCUUUCCCAUAUCGAUGUGUACAGAUCGGAAAGUUUCGGGCCCACAGAUAAGUCCCAGAUCGGCAUCCUGUUGGCGGGCCGGUCAGCAGAAUCUCAGUUGAAGUCCUUUGUGAAACGGAUGAAGUCUGAUGGGGAUGCGGGGCUGUGUAUACUCACGGAGACCAAGGUUCAGAAGCUCCUGGAUAUGGGGGACCCUGGCAAAGCAGUCAAAGGGUCUGGAGGGGACAAGUUCACAGUGCUCCAUGAGGUGGAGGAGCCUGGCUACCAUACCCUUUACCUCGCAAACUGUGCGUGCCGACACCAUGCGGUGUCUUUCACGAUGGAUGCGGCCCUCUUUAAUCUGGAAGGCAAAAAGGGCGGGAAGAGGAACUACCUCUGGGCUGGCGGUACGCAUCUCGCUCUCCUUUACUUCGUCUUUUUUGCUGUCUACUUUGUGGCAUGUUGUGCCUGGCAGUACCUGAUCUGGCAGAAGCACCAAGGCGUUCUUCUCAAGCGCCUCCUACAUCUUGUUGGCAUAUCGUUGGCCGCUUACAUGCUCCUAAUCUGGUCUCACGGAACGUAUUACUCAGUGCUCGGGCGAACCGGCUUGCCACAUGGCUGGGACAAAGUUCACCACUUCUUUGCUGUCACAUUCGCCGUCUCUCUUCUCGCUCUCGUACUCCUUGGGCUGCCAGAUGUUGAGCUGAAUGUGUCAGACUUGGAGCUUAAACUGUUGAUGGCAUUUCUGUCUGGUUUGAUCAUCUCUUGGGCCCAUGCUGAGGUGACCCAUCAUAGCGUCUAUUCGUUCUCCCUGCAGUCUGCAGAAUGUGCAACAGUUUAUGACUUCUUCAGCAUUUUGAAGUGGGUGUCCGUGGUUGGCCUGUUGGGGCUGAUUGCGGCAGAAUUUUUCCCAUCGCUCAGCCGUCAGAGGCCCACGCCGUCAUCCCUUGUGGCACAGUUCUCUGCCGCUUCAGCAGACUAUGACAGCAGAGCGAAUCGUGGAUGGGUUCAGAAGUGGUAUGUCAAGAUAUCACUGUAUGCUGCAGGUGUAUGGAUGCUAGCUUGGCUUGUGCGAGCCAUUGUGGGUCACCAUCAUCACUGGGCUGUCGUGUUAGUGAGAGAGCUGGGGGUACUUGGUUUCUUUGCAGCAGCUCUGAUAAUGUUGCGGCCGACCUCUGGGGAGAAUUACCACAUUAGACUCCAGAACUUAGCCGACGGGCUUGAGGAGGAGGAGCUAGAUGUGCGGGACAACGAAGAAAUGGAAGGGUUCUGACCAGGUUCGUAAACUUUGCACUCUUGCUUGCGCUACAGUGCCAUGUCGUUUGCUUUCCUUCUUCCUAGCAUUUCUUUCGUUCCACAGUUUCUCCUGAACCUCCUUUUAGUGAUGCCUUUGCAGCAGGCUCAGAUUUUAUGUGGAGUUCUGAGCUCUCCGGUUUAUGCGCCCUGCAUGUGAUUGAUUGGGGAGGAAUUAUUGCUGCCAGUUCCGUCUCAACGAGUGAUGGCCGAGGGUGACCGAUUGCUGCGCGCCUCUGUUGCAGGCGCAGAUUGUACGUGGAGUUCUGAGCUCGUGGGGUUCAUGCACCCGGCACGUGAUUGAUUCGGGAGGAAUUAUUGGUUGCGAGUCACGUCCCAACGAUUGAUGGCCGAGGGUGACCAAUUGCUGCGUGCAUCCUCUAGGCAAGACGAGUAGUAAAAGUCGCCGUGUAGAAGAAAACGAAGCCAAGAUGGAGACGGAAGAUAGGGCCUUCCACGGGAAACAUGAGCACAUGUGACAUCUGCUUGCAUGGCCCCCUGAAUUCCUCCUCAUGUAGAGGGGUGAGAAUGGGGCGUGGUUCGAGGGAAAAACACUGGUCGUCUUCAAGCGCCUGAUACCGUGUAAAGGCCAUGAAAAGGUGAGAAGGAAUUCUGAAACGCCUGCCACUUGUAUGUACGUGAGUAGCAGCUGCCUUUUGCAUAAAACGGGGUUGCAUGGGUUGCAUGGGGCAGUUACAUGUUAUACCCCAUGAUUGUACAAUAUUGCUUGCGCAUAUGAAAGUUUGGCAUAAAACCUCUGUCUGCUUGUAUGGUCACCACUGCCCUGAUUCCUAGGUCAAUGAAGCUGUAGGGAGGUGGGGAUGGUGAGCAUGGGCAGUGCCCGCGCAGCGUUACGCAUACCCUAUUCUUCAUGUCUUUUUUUAAGCCGUCAACGUGUUUAGCGUGGGCAUACUGGGCCCCACUAUUAAGAGCCCUGGAAAUUGCAUGCAUGCAAACACACCUAAGCGGUUUCUCGAUCUGACAGCAAAGGGAGGGAGGGGAGGAGGCAAGAGGCAAGGAGAGGAGGGGAUAGGGAAGAAGGGAGGGAACGAGGGAGGCAAGAGGGAAGGAGGGAAGGAGGGAAGGAGGGAAGGAGGCAAGAGGCAAGGAGAGGAGGGGGGGAAUAGGGAAGAAGGGGGAAAAGAGGUAGGCAAUCAAGGGGAAGCAAUGAAGGGGAGUUUAAUGCAGCAUUCACAACCUAUGGAAGGCUGUGAAGCUGCCAGAGUGGAAAUAAUAUGAAUAGAAAUUAAGGAGGAUUAGUAGGAUUACCCACGGGCCUAGCUCCGUUUGUAACUCCCAUGAUUUGUUGGAAUACAGUCCCGAGUUCAGAUCUAGACGCAACCAGAGCAGCAAUGUCGGGGGCAAAGGAAAAAAGGACAAGAAGAAAAAUGCAGGAGGAUUACAUCUUGCAAAUGCAACUGCAACUUGGCAACGGACUUCGCUGCAGCUUCCACGUAGUGGUGUUGGGAGAUCAGUACUGCGAAAUUGUGCGAAUCCAUUUUAUGCAGAGAGAGGUUACUUCAGGUUUUUGUCUCAACAACUUGCUUUUCUCUGCUUCCCCCCCCCUCCCCCCCCCUGUUCUCCAUUCCCUAAUAUUUCGCAUGUGGGUCCAUUGCUCUUAGCUUAACUUUGCUGAUAGUAUGCAAGGUCAUAGUAGCGUAGCAUUGUCGAAAAUAUUGUCCUUUCGUUUCGUAAGAAAGGACACUGAUGGUUAUUGUCGUAUUUCUGCAGCAAAUAUUGUCCUUGUGUUUCAUAAGAAUGGCAGUGAUGAGGGCCUUGGGAACCAGUUGGGGACGGUAGCAUGAGGACAGACAGGAUAGAUAGGAUGCGGCAUUUCAAAAGGAGAGAGGUGUGCAUGCAUAUCCCUCCGCUCUGCUACGUGCUGAUAAGCAUUCACUAAAUGCUUGAGAAUACGUUGACCCACGCUUACG